AAACAAAUAUGAAUGUAUAGGCGCUUAAAGAAAGCUGCGCUUGACUUGCGAGUAAACACGAAUAAAAAAGUAGAACAAGUUUUUAGUUUCAAUAAGAGACAUAAACUGAAAUUAGGUUUUUAGGAAACCUACCUAUCUAACACGAAUGGAGGAGAAUGAUGGAAUUUCUACAGAACUAUUAAACUGCAAUUCGCUAUACGAAAGCGCUUAAAAGUUUAAAGAAAAGUGAGCCAUUUGUAAUCAAUCGGACAUCAUCUAAUGGGUAAAAGAUAAACAAUUUCAUCGUUAAUAACAUUGACUUUGCAAACGCGAGCAGAUAAUUGAAGAUGUCAUCGAUGUCGAGCAUUCAAAACACAGCAGAAAUGCCUGAGGUACAGAAACGUUUAAUUACAACAGAAUCUACUGCUGAUGAAUUGGAACUGAACGGAGUCGCAACUAAUGAAGAAAAUACAAAAAAUGGUAAACUUACCGCGGCAACGUCAACAACAAAAAUAACUGCUAACCAUAUUAGAACUACAGCUGCCACUUCCACCACCGGCACGUUCAUGAAAUUAAAGACGUAUCUUUUGGCCUUAAGACCAUGGUCAUUGUCUGCCAGUUUAGUGCCUACAUUGCUCGGUUCCGCCCUGGCGUUUCGUUCGCAAUGGUCUGCUGACUUUUCAUUUAUUACGUUUUUUCUGACUGCAUUUACAGUAGUCACUGUACACUGCGCCGGCAACAUUGUAAAUACCUAUUUUGACUUUAUCAAAGGUAUUGAUAAACAAAAAGCCGACGAUCGCACUCUCGUGGAUCAUAUACUCACCAAGGAUGAGGUGGUGUCGCUUGGGGCUUUACUUUAUAUGGCUGGUUGUGUUGGUUUCAUUUGUUUGGCUGUAUUGAGCCCAGCUAAAAUGGAACAUCUGGCUUUAAUAUACUUCGGUGGAUUGUCAUCGAGUUUUCUUUAUACCGGCGGUAUUGGUUUCAAAUAUAUAGCACUUGGCGAUUUAGUAGUAUUGAUACUAUUUGGUCCUAUUUCGGUGCUCUUCGCUUUUAUGUCACAAACUGGGCAUGUGGACUGGAAAACCAUAUACUAUGCUAUACCAUUGGCCUUAAACACAGAAGCGAUUUUGCAUAGCAAUAAUACACGUGAUGCGGAUAGUGAUCGUAAGGCAGGCAUUGUUACUUUGGCCAUAUUAAUCGGUCGCACAACGUCUCAUGUUUUAUACGCGCUCUUGUUAUUUACACCCUACAGUAUUUUUGUGGUAUAUGCCUUGAAGUACUCAUUGUGGUUUCUAUUACCUUUAGUGACAGUACCUCAGGCAUUUCGCAUCGAAAAGCAAUUUCGCAAUGAGCUGACAAUGAACAAUGUGCCGCGACAAACAGCUAAGCUGAAUUUUUUUUUCGGCAUUUUGUAUGUAGUGGCGUGUUGUUGCGCCAGCACACUGCCUAGUUUUAAUUAUACAAGGCAUCAAUAAAAUGAAUUACAGGUUAGAGGCUACACGCAAAGGAAUUAAAACAAUAUUAAGUUUAUUGAUUCUCGAAAAGGCUCUACGUACAUGCUUAUAUACAGUAAGGUACUUUAAUGUACAUUAAUCAAUAAAAAUGUACUGAUUUUUUUUUUUUUUAAAUAGUUUUAAUACUAAUGAAAUAUAAAUUUAUUUCGAAUUUCUUCGUUCAAGGAGUUAGUGCAAAAUUUAGGGAAUUUUUUUAUUUUCUUUUUUAUACACAUUUAUAUUAACCGAUAUGGAGAAGUAAAACUAAAUAUCAUUUACAUAUAUUAUAGGAUACAAGAGGAAUGUUUACAAUUUUAUUUUGCUAUCAUUAAAAAAUAUUCU